AUGGACAGAGAAUUCACCAAAGCGGAGCUCUACGAAGAGCCAUUCCCUUGGACCAUCAUUUGUGGUCAGGUCUAUGCAAUCGGCGACUUCCUGGCAUCUCACCCUGGGGGGGCUCUGAUACGCCGAGCCAUCGGCGAGGAUGCCACAGACAUGUUCCUGGCUCACCAUGGUCCAAAGAGCCGCGCCAAAAGCGUUUUGGCAGAGUUCUGGAUUGGGCGCCUCAAGGGACAGGAAGCCAUCGAUUUAGAUGAGGCGUGGCGCCGGCGCCCGCUGCAGCUCCACUUCUGGCGCCGCUUGGAGGUCCCCCUGCGCGCGGAGACUCCCAGCGCGGAGGCGAUGGCACUGGCCAUGCUGAGUUGCUUUGGGGUUUGGUGCUUCCUGUGCUAUGCGCUGGGCUGCUGGCGCCUGAACCUUUGCCUCGCCUGGUUCUGGCAGCGCCACUUGGACGCCGGGCUCCACGCGGUGCUCCACGGGGACUUCCGCUACGACCUGCGGCUGCAGCGAGGUCUAUUCCUCUGCUACAGCCUGCUGUGCCACCGCGCCAUGGAGUAUUACCACGGUGCCCGGGAGUUGCAGGGCACUGGCAUGAGUAAGCAUUGGUGGCACCACAUCUAUCCCAACGAUCCAGGACGUGACCCUGACUGGAGCACGAUGACUGGGCUGGUCUGGGUUCGGCGACAUCACACGGCCCAGUGGCACCCUUGCCAUCGCUGGCAGUCUUGGUACUGGAUGCCCGUUUCCAUGUUUGUGGAGCCCCUGCUGGAGCUGAUUCAGGUGGCGUGCUCUUUGCUGGAGGCCGUGGCAUCCGUGCUGGAGCCCCCAAACGGAGCCUGGUGCCUGCGGCUGCAGCACCUCUUGGGUCUUUGCUUCGAGGUGCUCUUCAAUCCCGGCUUCCAACUGGCAUCGUUUCUUGCACAACCGCCUCUCAAGGCCCUGGGAACGCUGAUCCUGGCCAAAGCUGUGGCCCGGUUGCUGCUCUACCCCUUUUCAGAGGUUCAGCACUACAUGCCAGAGCACAUGUGCGACACGGAGGAGAGCGAGUGGGUGGUGGGGCAGCUGAAGCGCACCGCAAACCUUGAGUUCCCCAACCGGCUUGCCUGGCUGCUGGACUUCCUCAUGUUUCACGGGGACAGCCACCAGAUCGAGCACCAUCUGUGGCCGGCCAUGAGCUUCGUGCAGUAUCACCGUGCCGCCCCCAUGGCUCGCGCAGCCUGCAAGGACCUGGGCUUGCCAUAUCACAGCGUUGGCUACUUCGAGGGCUACUGCAAGAUCUACAGACAGGUGCAGGAGCACCGGCAUCCGGGACAGCCGAUGUCGAAGGCAUCAACAGGCCAUUGGACGCUGGACUCAUAG